UUUGUUUUCGUUUGGCUGGUAGGCCAUUUCAUUCACAACGCUCGUGCAUGCUUUUCCUCGUUAUAUGUUACUCUCUUUAUCACGCGUUAUUGAUCUCAACGUCUUGUACACGAUAUUCUUUACGUGUGCAAUAAAUAUCAAAGUCCUUUAAAAACGAUAAACAGUCCAUGGAUAUAUAUAUAUGCAGCGAUCCAUUUUUGGAUAUAUGCACGCAAUAAGAAUAACCCAAAUAACCGGUACAUUCGUUUAUAUAACACUAUAAGGUGCAUUUUAUACAGAAAAUUGGAAUCAAAAUUUCCAAUAUUUUCAAUAUUUUUAGGUGUAUAACAUAUAGGGCACGUUUAUUUGAUCUACAACAUAUUUCCCUCUCAAGAGAAAUGAGUAAAAGAGAAGGCAACGGAUGCGCCCGAAAAAGGAAGACAGAAUCAGCGCAGAAAACAGAGGAAUGUGUGAAUAGAUCAUCUCCUGUGAUUGAGGCAUUUAAAAUGUUUCAACAAGAACUUGACACCAAGCAUGACAAAUAUGAGCGUCUGGUCAAACUGAGUCGAGACAUCACAAUUGAGAGCAAGAGGACAAUAUUUCUGCUACACAGAGUGACAAGUGUACCCAACGUUGAAGAGGUUUUGAAUGAGGCAGAUGCCAGACUGGGCGCUGUGAGGCAGAAGAUUGGUCACAUAUCUGAGGAACUUGGAGAAGAAGAUCUCUAUCAGUUCCACAAAGCCUUCAUGUCAGUGAUACGAUUCUCAGUAAUCUCAAUGAUCUUCAGGCUGCACCAUGUGGGACCAUCCUCAGCAUCAGCAUGUGACUUCCAAUUGAUGAGAACUCCUACCAGAAAUUGUUUAGAAGUAGUGCAUCAGGAUAGAUCAGGUAUUCAGGAGUAUGUAGAGGCAGUGUCCUUCCAUCAUUUCAUCAGGCACCGUACCCUGAUCAGUCUGGAGGAGAUAAAUGCCUGUCUUGUAUUCAUGAGAGAUGAGAAGAUGGAAACAAAGGUUUGUAGCAGGGGUAUGUGGCCAGGAGCCUGCGUGUUGACUUUCCAAGUUACACCGACUGACUACCUUCUGGGUGUGGCUGAUCUUACUGGUGAGCUGAUGCGUAUGUGCAUCAGCAGUGUUGGAAAUGGUGAUGUGGACACACCCUUUGAGCUCAGUAACUUCCUGCGGCAGAUCCACGAUGGCUUUUCAUAUAUUGGUAAUGUGGGUCCUUAUGAGGUUUCUAAAAAGUUGCAUACUCUCCGACAGAGCCUCAGUAAAGUGGAGGAUGCCUGCUAUACACUUAGAGUGCGGGGUUCAGAGAUUCCCAAACACAUGCUUGCUGAUGUUUUUUCGAACAGGGCAGCAGUGUUGGAGGAAGAUGACUGAGCAGUAUAGAAGGCCUGUUUUGCUUAUAUCUGAAAUAUGCAUGUUGCCUUUGGUUUAACAUUAUCUAUUAUGUUAUGGGAAAAUGUUUGCUUCUGUAAUUGUUUGAUUUUAGAAGUCCUUGAUUGCAACAUGAUGUAAUUCAACCAUGAAUCUUGGGUUUUUAGCAUGUCACAACACAUGUUGACACAUUUCACUCUGCUCCAUGUUAAUAUAUUAAGAAAUGCCAUUAAAGCUUGUUUUGAA